GUUUACCUUAAGUGGGUAGGUGAUGUUUUACUUGGCAUGGCAUUUAUUGAAUCCAUCGGAACUAUUCGUGGUCUUGUUCCUGAAUUACUCCGUAAAAUCUCCGGGUAGGGCUCUUCUACAUCGUACGUUGAUAAGCAAUGGCUGACCUCUGCUACUGGGCAAUACAUAAUUAUUUAAUCAAUAUCCUAGAUGCCUGUGCCUAUCAUUUCUUCACAUGGCUUGCCAUUCUUCAGUGACGUCCAGGUCUAUUUAAUUUUCAAUCUAUUCUGGGAGAUAUUUAGAUUAAACCCACUUGAGGCCAAGAUAUUAUCGACCAUCCAAUCCUUCCACGUGCAGAAGAAACACACCACAAGUAUAAACUACUCCUGCAUUAGACGCAUGCUCAUCACCGACGGCAGUUCUACUAAUGUCGAGUUAGAUUAAACUGUCGGAGUACCCCCUUUUUCGUCUUCCGAACGACGAUCUCCGACAUGCAAAUAAAUUUAUAAAGACCGGGACCCAUCGCCGAUCACAGUUCUUUUUCUCCAGCGAUUUAACACUUCUCUCACAGCCAAAUAUACAACAAAACAAGGGGGAAAGAAUAAGAUAAAAUCAAAGAAAAAUGCGCUCAAUCACGUACCUAACCAGCGGCCUCCCGAUCGCCCUGGCAGCCACAUCGGGCCAAUUCGAUGUUCUCUCCAUGAACGUCGCCGGUCUACCGGCAAUCUUCAACGGCAACGAAGUGCCCGGCGAUAAAACCACCAAUUCCGAAGCGAUGGGGACCAAGUUCACGGAAUACGAUUAUGAUGUGAUUAACGUGCAAGAAGACUUUAAUUACCAUGCCUCUAUCUACAAGACCGACAAACACCCGUAUCGCACCGCUACUUCCGGCGGCGCGGGCAUCGGAUCGGGCUUAAACACGCUUGCCAACUAUCCUUGGAUAGACUUUGAGCGAGUCAAGUGGGCAACUUGCUCCGAUGCCUCGGGUGCGGAUUGUUUGACCCCGAAGGGGUUCACCUCGAUGCGUGUGCGUUUCGAUGAGGGUGUCUAUGUGGACUUCUAUAAUCUUCAUGCUGAUGCUGGUUCCGAAACCAAAGAUGUCGAAGCCCGCAGCGCCAAUCUCCAGCAAUUAGCUGAUUAUAUCGGGACAAAUUCCGUGGGCAAUGCAGUCCUGGUCUUUGGCGAUACCAAUGCGCGAUACACCUCCGCGGGGGAGAACACCCGCGUGUUUGCCGCCGAACAGAACAUGACAAACCCCUGGGUGGAACUAAUUCUGAAGGGCGUCGAGCCCAAAGAGGGAACUGGUCCCUGGAUGUGCGAGAACCCGACGACGAAUAAUACCUGCGAGACGGUGGACAAGAUCUUCUACCGUGGAAGCCGAUCGAUCGAAUUGAGCGCGACCUUCUGGAGUUACGUGGGUAGCAAGUUUCUCUUAGAUGGACAUAUCCUCUCCGAUCAUAACCCCGUUACUUCAAACUUUACCUGGAAGUUGUCUGAUUCAGUGCGCCAAAGCGACCUUUUCGGUGGACCUCAUGGAACCUGGUUUAACGAUCUCUCUUCCAUUCCCUCGUCUCCGAAGCCUAGCAAGAUUUCUCUCAAGGGAGCGAACCGCGUGGACAGCGUGGGCUUAACCUUGACUUCCGGCCAAGAUUACACCCACGGCGGAACGGGCGGCACCGCGGCGGAGCUGACUCUGGCUAACGACGAAUACUGGACACAGGCGAAGCUUUGCCAGGGUAAAUACAAUGAUCAUACCCGUAUCUUCUACUUGCUGGCGACUACCAGCAUGGGGAAGACUGUCAGUACCGGUAAAACGACAGGUGACUGCAAGGACUUCACGGCGCCGCAUGGAUGGCAGAUAGUUGGGUUCUAUGGACGGGAUGGGGAUGAGGUAGAUCAGUUGGGCUUUGUUUAUGCACCGCAGUGAAGGGGGGAGGUUUGAAUUUGCAAGCAAUGUAUAUAUUUGCCAGAACCAGUUCUUAUGUGACAAGUUGAAAUCCAUCAGUUGAGUAUAAGU